AUGUUGCCAGAAUUAUCCUCAAGCAUCUGUACGGAUUUCCUCCUGCAGCUAGGAGAUACGGAUCUCGCAGAUGCAGAAUGCAGCUAUGUAGGCAGUUUCGAUGAAAAUUUAUUCGAUCCUUUCAACGACACCGCAAAUGAAUCCGGAACCGGUCCUAUUAACGUGUCAACAGCCACAGAAAACUUUAUCGAUAUUUGGGCGAACGAACAGAAAUGCGAUGGUUUACAACUGCUAAAGGACAUGGAUGACCAAGCGCCUUCAAAGAUGAUCGAGCCGCGAUACCAAACUUCACAACUGACAGCAAAUGAUAACUUCAACGCAAACUAUUCGGUUCCCAAGGUUCUUGAUGGUGUCCAAAUCACUGCGUCUUCUUCCGCGACUACAGAUCUGCUUCAGCAUCGAGUCAAUGAUCCGUCUGCUGCGGUCAACCCUGGAGAACAACAAGCUGCGCACGAUCCAUUCACAAGUGGUAUCACAUGUCAUAAGGCUGAGAGCAUGGCAGAGGGCUUGCAAAUGUAUCCUACCGUGAACCUCCCGCAGCAAGAGUGUUCUGCAGAUGUCUCGGGACUCGUCAGUGCUGCUCAAAACGCGGCGUUUCCCUAUCAACAACCCGCCGGGGAACAGGAGCAAUAUCCACAAGCAACAACGAAUAACCAAGAUACACUAUAUCAGAACAACAGAAUUAUGAAUCUUGGAAUCGAAAACGAGACCAUUCAGUCGCAUACACAUCCUAUCGUUCAGUUCCCGCAGCAAGCAGUAAGUUCUACUCCAGAUGUCGCAUUUCCGAAUCUCCUCGAACUCGUCGAUCUAUGGACGUCAAUCAACAACGAAGCCAUGCCUGUUGUGGUUGAGAGCAGUCCACAUAUUGCACAACUACAAAAUCAACCGCUUGUGCAGUUGCCGCAACAAGUAAAUACCACCAAAGCCUUGAGGCUAGCUCGCAAAAAACCUAAUCCAGCGUCGCUGAACCAACAGUCACCGGUCGGGAUCAUGGUACAAAACGCACAACCAAUCGCCGAAAAUGCUGGCUUGGCUCCGAACCUCAUGUUACCGAGCCAACUACUUCCCGUGAAACAAAUCUAUUCCCCAACCAUAACAAGCCCCAAGGUAGAAUCGGGAAACGACGCAGGUCUCCAACAGCUGUCCUCAUCUAUCCCGAUCGUGCAGUCUCCCGAUUCUCCGGAUAUCGACGGGAACAUAUUACAGCUUGAGGUGCCACAGGUUGUUCUUCGCUUGGAAAUAGUAAAGAGUGCAGACCAGUGGGUAGUCAAUACCGUUGACACACCUGAAACGAUUCCUGCCGCCCAGGACUGCUCGUCGAACUCGGCCAAUGAAACGUUGAUUUGCUGCUGCGAGAACGAGAACUCCUCGACUGAAACCACGGGGGGAAAUCCCGACCACGAUGAGUAUGUCGAACUUCACAAGUCCUACGAGGUGUCUUCGCGCAAAUUCAAGAUUAGUGAGUUUUAUAAAACACACUGGAUGAAUGCCCCAAGGGUGAACGAAGACUUACCCUUGGUUCCUGUUGGCGUUACCAAAAUUCUCACUGAGACUUCUACUAAGAAGCGGAAAGUUAUAAAUCUUUUCCCCACUUUUCUCGAGUGUGAAUUUUGCGGCAAACUAUGUACCUCCCAGGCUGGGCUAACGCAGCAUAAAAAUCAUAUCCAUAGCGAAAUACCGAGACCAUUUAAAUGUGACACAUGUGGGAAGACAUUCAUAACUCAGCUUGUGUUGGAGGAGCACCAGCACAGUCACUCGGAUGAAUACAAACCGUAUGGAUGUGAGUGGUGUUACAAUAGAUUCUGCUUCGUCAAGGAUCUCGCCAGACACAUCGAGAAGCACACCACCUCUAGCUUUGUCUGUAGCGUUGAGGGUUGCGACAAGGGUUUUGCUCGGGCGGAUCACCUCAGAUCCCACAUACAGUCACACAUCACCCGAAGACAGCUGCGUGUGACGAAUGGAAGAUUGCCGAAAUGCGCCCGAAACGAACUGGAUGACGACGAGGAAAUAUCGAUGUGA